AUGUCUCGAAAUCUAAAGCCGUGGCUUGAGGAUUACUUACUGCAAAUUGCGAGGGAACAUGGCUCCUCACUGAGCAACGCAGACGAGCAUGUCAAACCCAAGUUCCUUCAGAUCAUCGGGUAUCUUCACUACCCCAACUCACAUAAUGAUAGCCGCGUCUGGGCACUUUGCUCGGAUAAAGACCUGAAGAUACCCGUUUGCUUCUUCAAGAGCGCAAUGUCGAGCUUCACAGCCUCUCAAGAUCCGGACUUUCUAGACUUUGGUCUCCGCAAUCAACUACGAGCGGUCCUCAAAGUCAGACAUUUCCGACUAGCAUUCCAACGCAUCCCCAUGCCGAAUGGAAUGACGAAGGAGAACGAGCUUUUCUUGCAGGUCGAGCACGCCGAAGUCAUGGCUUCCCCCUCAGAAGAAGUUUUCAAUGAAGAUAAUCUUGUCUCGCUCCGCAAGAAGCUGGAUCUGAGAAGGUGGAUUCACGGACUAUGGAAUGGGGACGGCAACAUCCUCAAACGCGAGGCUGCUCUGCAAAAGCCUACUUCGUCUGUAAUGAACAGGAUGCAGGACGUUCGUCUCCGAACAGCCUCCCCGUCCCAGCCAGAACCUCCCAACGCCAAGGCUGUUCCAUCGAACGCCGCACCGGGGCCGACUGUUACCGCCCCGGGAACUGCGAUAAAUGGGUCUACCUCUGGUCCAAACUUGAAAGAACGCGUUCGACAACGUGAAGAGCGCGCGGCCGCUCGCAGGAGAGCAAGGUUCAGCAAAUCCGCCGUCACAGACGGGGAUCCGGUCACUCCUAGGACCAAUGAUAUCUCUCAAGGCCCGCGAGCCGUCGCCCGCGAGAGCAUGGACUCACGCCCCCGUCCUGAGCAACCGCGGGCCUCAACGUCUACGGCUUCACAGCGUACCGGGAGGCCACCACGCGCUUCUGAAGUCACGCCUUUGCGACAAACUGGCUCUAAGCCUCCGUCCAGACGAGUUUCAAACGCUCUCCUCUCCGACGACCCCACUCCCGUACGGCUCCUUAGUCGACCACCCUUUAACGCAUCGUCAGAUGGCGAUGAUGACGACGACGAGCCCGCAAAAGCGGGAGUACCGCGCCAGACUACGCCUUCAGACUGGGCAGCCACACAAAUUCCCGCUCGCUCUUCACCAGAUCCCAUACCAUCUUCGGACGACUGGAUGCGCUCCUCCCCUCCUCGCGCUUCUCCCCCCUCCCCGCCUCCUCGCUCGCGACACCCAGCACCUGUGCGCGCCAGCUCUAGCUCAACCUCCCACGCAUCAACCACCCGAGCGCGCUCGCCGAAGUCAUCGACCGGCUCGCUUACGAUGCAAGGAAAGCGCCACACCGCCGAGCCACCGCCUGUACCGCCUCCCGGUACGCAGGAAAAGGUGCUCGUGCCCAACUCUGAUACGAGCUUGAGCCAAAGUCAGGAGAAGAAGAGCGAAGGGCGAGCUGCGUUCGGCAAAGAGGGCAGGACGAAGCGGGAUCAAGUAGAGACGAGUGAAAGGGCAGAGGGAAAGGGUAAGGCGCGGCGUAACGUCAAUGGGGCGAGGGGACAGAAGCGCAAGCAACGCGAUAUAUACGAGGAUGAUGAGCUCGAUGGACCUCGGAACGUCGCGGUGGACGCCGGAGCUCAGAUGCCAGGCCACUUCAGCCCGACCGGUGAAAGCGAGGCUGUCGAGGAUCUCAUCAUGCCCGACGUCGAGCAGGAUCCCACAGCCGCGCAUCAUCCCCGAUUGUACCCGGACCUCAAAGACCUCGACGAAGACGACCGACAAGUGUUGGUUACUACGCGCCGCGCUGAUAAGAAGGGCAAGGGCAGAGCCCGAGAGACCACUCCGCCCGCCGAUAACCCUUCACAUAACGACGAACUUCCCCGGUCUCCCAGUCCCGCGACUGCGUCUCACGCGCGCACCGUCGAUCUCCCGACCCUGCUCAAGAAACAAAAGAGGCCACCACCAAGGCGGUCUUCCAACUUUGCGGUUGAGGUAGAACCUCCAGCUAAAAGGCCUCGAAAUGCGGAUGGACAAGCUCAAGUCCCCGAUCACCGCCCUGCGAGCCGCAAUGAACACGCGGAUGCGCAGCCUACAGCCGUCCAAGCGUCUACAUCACAUGUAGCUUCGUCUUCAGCCCAGGAGUCGUUCAUCAGCUGGGUACCCGAGAACCCACGGAUUUCAUGGUGGACGCGACACGAAGAUGCGCGUGCGCUAGCCAUUAUACAGGAAGGGUCGGCGUUGAUCGAGCAACGCAGACAACAGGGUCGCCCUCCUGGGCGUGAGCUCUCAUCUCAGGAGAGGCGGAAGUACUUCCAGGUCUCUGGUAGAACGGAACACCCUUCUUCACAGUAG